GACUUUAGCUACCUGCGCAUCGACUUCAGCACAGAGCUGAACGUUGGUUAUGCCUUCGUGAACUUUACUCACCCUGAGGACAUCACCAACUUUGUGAACGCAAAUAUUGCUAAGCCUUGGAGUCUUUCCGGCUCCACCAAGCGCUGCGAGGUUUCCUACGCCACGAUCCAGGGAAUUGACUGCCUCCUCGCUCAGGUCCGCAAC